CAGGUGCGAUACGCUGCAACCUCCCUCGACAACGCGAAGAGCGCCCGCGCCCGUGGCAGCUACCUCCGUGUCUCGUACAAGAACACGCGCGAGACGGCCCAGGCCAUCAACGGCUGGAAGCUCGAGCGCGCCCUGACGUACCUCGGCAAUGUUCUGGAGCACAAGGAGGCCGUCCCCAUGAGGCGGUACGCCGGCGGCACUGGACGCACUGCACAGGGCAAGGCUCUCGGUGUCUCGCGCGCCCGCUGGCCCGUCAAGUCGGCUGAGAUCCUGCUCGGCCUCCUCAAGAACGCAGAGGCCAACGCCGACACCAAGGGCCUCGACACGGCCAACUUGGUCGUCAAGCACAUCCAGGUCAACCAGGCCCCCAAGCAGCGCAGGCGCACUUACCGUGCCCACGGUCGUAUCAACCCGUACAUGUCCAACCCCUCCCACAUCGAGCUCAUCCUCGCCGAGGGUGCCGAGGUCGUCCAGAAGGCCCCCGCUGUCGAGCGCCGAUUGAACUCGAGGCAGCGUGGCCGCGAGGUCCGCAAGGCCAUCACCGCUGCGUAG